CCCUCUCUGCCCCACCGGCCUCAGCCUAGCCCCCCAACUGGUUCACACCGCAUCGCGAUCCAGCACCCUCUCGAGCCUUCCAUCCAGAGCCCUCCCAAACCCCUCCGCCCGCCUCCGCCGCCGCGCCGGAGAUGGGGUACAUCGGCGCGCACGGCGUGGAGACGCUGAAGCGCUACAGGUACAGCGGCCAGGACCACUCGGUGGUGGCCAAGUACGUGCUGCAGCCCUUCUGGAGCCGCUGCGUCACCCUCUUCCCCCUCUGGAUGCCACCAAACAUGAUCACACUCAUGGGAUUUAUGUUUCUACUUACAUCUUCGCUGCUUAGCUAUAUUUAUUCACCCCACCUUGACACAGCUCCCCCUCGGUGGGUCCAUCUUGCCCAUGGAAUACUUCUCUUCUUGUACCAGACUUUUGAUGCCGUUGAUGGUAAACAAGCAAGGCGCACCAGCUCAUCAAGUCCCCUAGGAGAACUUUUUGAUCAUGGAUGUGAUGCCCUUGCCUGCGCUUUUGAAGCCUUAGCCCUUGGAAGCACCUUGAUGUGUGGAAGGUUGACAUUCUGUUACUGGGUGGUUGCUGCUGUCCCAUUUUAUCUGGCAACAUGGGAACACUACUUUACAAAUACUCUUAUUCUUCCUGUGAUAAAUGGACCAACAGAAGGCCUGAUGCUGAUCUAUGUCGCCCACCUUUUUACCUUUUUUACUGGUGCUGAAUGGUGGGCACAAGAUUUUCGGAAAUCCCUCCCUCUUAUUAGUUUGGUUCCACUUCCAUUUGUUCCAGAAAUCCCCUUGUAUGUUAUCGUGCUGAUUCUGAUGAUCAUGUUUGCUGUAAUCCCAACAGUUGGAUCCAAUAUUGGUAAUGUCCAAAAGGUAGUUGAUGCACGGAAAGGGAGCAUGGAAUUAGCAUUAGCAAUGCUUCUUCCGUUUAUUGCGCUGUUAGCUGGAGUUGCUGUAUGGUGUUAUCUCUCUCCUUCAGAUAUCAUGAGGAACCAGCCACAUUUGCUUGUGAUCGGAACUGGUUCUGCUUUUGGAUAUUUGGUUGGAAGGAUGAUACUUGCUCAUUUAUGUGAUGAGCCCAAAGGUCUAAAAACAGGAAUGUGCAUGGCUCUGGUGUUUCUUCCUUUUGCUAUUGCAAAUGCUCUCACCGCAAAGAUUAACAAUGGGACUCCUUUGGCUGAUGAGCUUUUGGUUAUUCUUCUGUAUUGUGCAACCUCAGUGGGUCUUUACAUGCAUCUUGCCAUUUCGGUUUGCCAAGAAAUCAAGGAUGCUCUUGGAAUCUAUUGCUUCAGGAUAACCAGAAAAGAGGCUUGAAUUUGCCUGAAUCCCUACGUAACAUGUGAAGCAUUCUGCCUUCAAGAUAUUGUCUGUCUGCCAUUCACAGGUCUAAAUCUACAACAGUGCAUAGCCAUGGAUGCUGAACGAAUCCUGCCUUUGGAACUCCAUGGCCGACGGUUAUUCAUCAUGUUAAAUUCAGAUAGAUGUAUCUUGCGUGGCCUACAAUGCAGAUUUGUGUUAAAGUAGCGUAUGUACAUGUGCGGUCGGUGUAAAGUACAUCAUGGUUGACAGAGAUAUGGAAGCCGUAGCUAUCUAAACUGAAACUAGAUGGUGGGAUGACCCUUGUUUGUAAGAUGUGUUGGACUACAAGAGAACUUCACAUCGGAUGUACUCUCCUUUUUCUUUUGAGAGGAUGCAAUCACUGGAUAGCGAGUGUAAUUUUGGGUGGCGCAAACCGUUUUGAGACACCUCAUUCUACAUCCUGCGAUUCUUUAUUAAUGCUAAUAUUUUCAGUUAUUUUCUUUAA